AUGUCUCCAGCCCCAUUUCAAAAUGUGCAGGACAGACGUUCUGUCUAUUCGGUAUCUUCUGGAGUACCGGAUUUGUUUUCGAGUCCGUUAAAAUUGCGGGGCAAUAAUAAUGAUCGCAAUAACAAUAACCCUUGUAGAGGAGACUCAGGGACAAAGACGGAGUGCGUCCCACCCGGAUCGUUCAGUGCUGCCGAUUCAUCAACUACUACAGUAUCCAUUUCAGCGAGCUCCGGUGCUCCACAAGGCUCCUCUUGUUCUACAACAUGGCAAACACAGACCCACACUACGUCCAUCACCGCCACGAGUGUAAUUAGCAGCGUUCUCGGAACAUCCGCAGAAAACAUUUCUCCAUCAUCCACUUCACUUUCUUCUUCCUCAGACAGCGAAAGCGCUCAGGCCGCAUCGACAAAGUCCCACAGAAACACGGGUGCCAUUAUCGGGGGCGUUAUUGGCGGGGUCGUCAUUCUCUCUAUCGCAGCUCUUAUUCUCUUCUUUUUCCUCCGACGUCGAAGGCGCAUGAAACACACAGCCCCAUCCGCCGAAUUCCUGCACUCUAAUUCAGUCUUCCAACGCCUGAACUCUGUUAAGCAGGGUUCUCCGUUGAAGCGCACCCGGCCGAGCUCAGAUGGCGAUGCUCACAGCACAAGCGGCAGAACCUUCCUACAAAGUUCCCCCACUUUGGAGAAAGUUGCGGUAGAUACAUCAGGGCAUGGCCCUUGA